AUGUUUGGAAGCAUCUUUGCCGUAGCAGCCCUCCUGCUCGGCGCAACAUGCGCUGCCGAGUGCGGUGCUCAACCCGUGCAAUUGGUUGAUCCCAACCUCCGCUUCGCGAACGUGACGUUGGAAUCACCCUUUCAGAACUUUACUGUUCUUCAAACCAGCUUUCGUUAUCCUCCCGACUGUGGCGAAACAAGCUAUCGUGGCAGUGGUCGUAUGAAAGGGAUGCGGACACUUACCACCGGAGGUGAUUCUGGAAUGGGAAGAGCUAUUGUAAUUGCCUACCUGCGCGAAGGGGCUCGGGUUGCCAUUAACUACCCUCCUUCAGAAGAAGAAGAAGACGCUCCAGUCCUAUCCGACUUCUUGACCCAGGAGGGAUUGUCCAUCGAAAGCAGCCGUUACCCACACGAUCCGCUCCUUGGCCCAACAGCUGUUGCCCCUAGGCAUUCGAGUUAA